AUGCUGAGAAUCGCUGCAAGCGCAAAGAGACUUCUUCAUACGCCGUCGUUGGAGGCGCAACCGUUGGGGUUUAGGGUUCUGCCGCGGCUCUACCACGAGAGGGUGGUGGACCACUACGACAACCCCCGCAAUGUCGGAUCCUUCGACAAGAACGACCCCACCGUGGGAACGGGUCUUGUUGGAGCACCCGCGUGUGGCGACGUAAUGAAACUCCAAAUUAAGGUUGACGAGAAAACUGGAAAGAUCGUCGAUGCUCGCUUCAAAACCUUCGGUUGUGGAUCCGCCAUCGCUUCUUCCUCCGUCGCUACUGAAUGGGUGAAGGGAAAGCAAAUGGAGGAAGUUUUGUCGAUUAAAAACACUGAAAUUGCAAAGCAUCUUUCACUUCCACCCGUCAAGCUUCAUUGCAGCAUGCUUGCAGAGGAUGCUAUAAAAGCAGCUGUAAAAGAUUAUGAAGCAAAACGCGCCUCAGCAACUGCUGAUGGACAUGGAACAACCGGAGAGAAAGCUGCCACUGCUUGA